UAAAAUUGGGUUUUUUAGUCCAUAUUGUAAUUUUACAUAAUUACAAAUCAUUAAAGUCGGAUAAAAUCAAAUUCGAUAACUAAAUCGGAUUAAAUUUCUGAGUCAUUGGGUCUAGACCCACACGAUCUUUUUCACAUGAUAUCAUGAUCUCAUAGUUACUUAAACAGAGUAAUGACUCUUAAUUUCUCCCAUCCUGGAUUCAAUUUCUUCUAUCAUCUGAACACUGUGCAGUGAAAAUGAGGAAGACUCAGCUACUAUGGCUUUACAGCUUAGCUGUAUGGCUAGCCGUGUCUUGCGAAAUUACGAAGACUCAUAUGCUUAAUGAACGCAUGAUGAAAUCAGCUGUUUAUCUGUCACCCGAGUUAGCCAUGAAACCUGGGUCGGUAUUCGACAAAUACUACUAUAACAUCGAUUUUCCUACGGGUCACAUUGGGAUCAAGAGUUUUAAUGCUGAAGUAGUUGAUGAGGCGGGAGUUCCCGUCUCCCUACAGGACACUUACCUUCACCACUGGGUGGUUAUAAGAUACUAUCAGCGGAUAGGUUCAGAACAUAAAAAUUUACGUAGCGUUUCAGAACUUUCUCAGCAGACGGAUUUCAUAUGGGUCAAGAACAACGGAUUAUGCCAAAAAAUUGGGCAAUAUUUCGGAUUAGGAUCAGAAACUCGAAAGACAGCCACACAUGUUCCAGACCCUUACGCGAUUGAGGUUGGUAACCCAAAUGAAAUUCCACAUGGGUAUGAAGAGAAAUGGCUGGUUAAUAUUCAUGCUAUUGAUACUCGUGGUGUAGUGGAUCGGUUGGGAUGUACCGAGUGUAGGUGCAGUUUGUACAAUGUUACCAUCAAUGAAUUCGGAGAACCGAUUAGUCCUGAUUAUGUAGGAGGAUUGUGGUGUUGCUAUGAUCAGACACAGUGUAAGGUGAAGGAAGGUUUUGCACAUUCACUGAGGAGGUUGUACUUGCGAUACACGGUCAAGUGGUUCGACUGGAAUGAAUCUCUUUUACCGGUUCAGAUUUAUAUCUUCGACGUUACUGAUACUUGGAAGAAAUCCAAUGGACAUCAUCACUGUAAGAUAGAGUAUGAAAUCAGCCCUUGUGAUUCAUCUGCUAUGGCCGCAAAUGAAUGCUCCGACACCAAAAAGAUAAGCUUCGAUAUGCCAAGAGGUGGAUAUGUAAUCUAUGGUGUUGCCCAUCAGCAUUCAGGAGGAACCGGCGCAGCGCUUUAUCGAAAGGAUGGGCGAGUCAUUUGCUCCUCAAUUCCGUCCUACGGACAGGGAAGUGAAGCAGGAAAUGAGGCGGGAUAUAUUGUAGGAAUGUCGACCUGUUACCCUGACCCUGGCUCUAUGAAGAUUCGUGAUGGAGAGACAUUGGUUCUAGAAUCCAAUUAUAGCGCUUCUCAGAAACACACCGGAGUUAUGGGGCUUUUCUACAUUUUGGUUGCCGAACAAGUGCCAAGUCAGAACACGAUUUUGGUGCUCUAAUCUCCUCUUCUCUGUAAAAUUUCCUCAUUUUGCUACCCUUUACACUAGUCCUUGUAAAAGAAAAUGGGUGGUAACAUUGAUAAAAAAGACAAUAAAAGUCAUUUGGUGUAAUGCUUAUUCUAAUAGGAUUGUAGCAAAUAAGAGAAGAGUAUAAGAAGGAUGCAGAAAGAACAUACUGUAGAACAAUAUAUAAAGAAAGAAAGAUAGAAAUGAGAAAAAUGUUGAUUGUAUUAAGAA